AUGCCCGAGACACCAACUUUGCUAGAUAUACUCGAUGUCGCUGAGCAAGUUUUUGAAAAAAUGGAGCCCCUGGAUUUAUUGGUUUCUCGAAAAGUAUGUCGUAGUUUAAGGACGGCCGUAGAUAAAUUUGGUAUUUGCUUUGAUGAAAUUCACAUUUACUUGUACGAAAAUUUCAUUGAACUUGAAUUGGACCGAAAUCUGAUAAAAUACAGUAAAGCUCCCGAUUCACAAAAUCAAAGUUACUUCAAUUUUCUAUGGCCAGCACAGGAUGCUACGAUUGUGACAUAUGAAGGCCAGGAAACCCGAAUUGAGGGAAAAAACUAUGCCAGGGCAGCGUUUGAGGAUCUGAAAAAAGCAAUGAAGCACGUGUCAAGCUUCUAUAUUGAUAGCUAUCCUGGAUGUGAUUUUAUGAAAAUUUUAGUCGAAUCUUUAAAAUCUGAAGAAUGUAUUCACGCAAAGGAAAUAACUCUUCAAGAAUGCUCUUUACUCGCUAUCCUCCCAUUUUUCGAUGCUCUGGAGAGUAUUCAAAUGUUUGCUUGUGAUGAAGAAUUUGAGCAGAUUAUUCAUUCGGAUCAGUGGAAAAAUGCGAAAAAAUUCCGAUUUGAGGCCUCUUGGUUGCACAGCAAAUACAUUGAACAUUUGUUCCACCUUCAGAAUUUCUAUAUUUACGAAAUGAUCGAUUUUUCCACUCAAGCUGCAAUUAAAAUUAGAGAUGAUCUAAUGAGAAGAAGCACAUUUGAAAGUUGUGAGAUAUACAUUCGAGAAGCACACCCGAUCGAGCUUGCAAAAGUAUUCAAACCGGACUAUACUGGCGGCGAUGAAUUUGAAAUUAUAUAUUUAACCGAUGAUUUUGAUUUUUUGAUCACAUGUACACGCUCUGAACUUGGAACCUGUAAUUCAUUUAUUUUUAUAGUGCAAAGCUUAUUUUAA